AUGUCUUUUAAUGACUUGGAACAAGGGUUUGGCUCUGCAGGAAAUGGCAGACAAGUUCGUCAUUCGGAAGGUUUACUUGGAGGUAAAGAUGGUGAUUACGAAACGGAAUACAAAGCCCUCACCCAACAAGUGUCUCAGCAAGUGUUUCAUAUUAAUGGAAAUAUCUCAAGUAUCGAAAGACUAGUCAACUUUCUUGGAACACCAAAGGAUAGCUCUGAUAUAAGAAAUAAACUACAUGAGGUUACAGAAUCUACCCGAGAACUCAUCAAAGACUCAACCAACGAUAUCAAGAGUCUUUCUCAGUACCAGUCUGGAGAUAGUCGAAAGGCUCGUCAACGUAAACUGGAACAGCAGAAACUCUCCAAAGAUUUUCAAAAGGUUUUGGCAGAUUUCCAAAAGAUUCAAAGAAUUUCCGCGAGUAAACAGCGUGAAUAUAUUGACAAAGCAAAAGCUACAACUGCAAUGCUCCAAUCGAAUGCCGCAGAGGAGAUUAUGGAACAAGAGUCUCAGCCGUUAAUGGAUGAUGCUCAAAGACGCCUUCAGUUACAGACACUUGAUAAUGAAAUUGAGUACAAUGAGGUGCUGAUUUCUGAGCGGGAAGGUGAAAUCCAAGGUAUUGAGCAAGGUAUCACUGAACUCAAUGAGAUCUUUCGUGAUCUUGGCAUGCUAGUGAACGAGCAAGAAAGCGGGAUUCAAAGUAUUUAUGGAAAUGUGCUCAAUAUUGCACAGAACACACGCCAGGCAGCCGACGAGCUUACUGUAGCCAAUCGCCAUCAAAAGAGUGCUAGAAAGAAUAUGUGCUGUCUCUUACUUAUUAUUACAGUCGUGGCAUGUGUUCUGGCUCUUAUCGUUGUAGUUGCCAAGUGA